GCAGGCGCAGUGCGAUAUCAGUGCGUUGCGUUGGUCGAGAGCGAGCGGCCUUGAAGUAGGUACAGCCGCGGCCCUGUGGUACAUGCUGUGGCAUGGCAGUGAACGUGUAUUCCACCUCUGUGACAAGUGAAAAUCUGAGCCGACAUGACAUGUUGUCAUGGGUCAAUGACUCCUUGCAGCUCAAUUACAUCAAGAUUGAGCAACUAUGCUCAGGAACAGCGUACUGUCAGUUUAUGGAUAUGCUCUUUCCUGGCUGUAUUCUUCUAAAGAAAGUCAAAUUUCAAGCAAAGUUGGAACAUGAGUACAUUCAACAUUUUAAAAUCCUUCAGGCAGCCUUCAAGAAAAUGAAUGUUGAUAAAAUUAUUCCAGUAGAAAGAUUAGUGAAAGGAAAGUUCCAAGACAACUUUGAAUUUGUUCAGUGGUUCAAGAAAUUCUUUGAUGCAAACUAUGAUGGGAAGGAAUAUGACCCAGUUUUAGCAAGACAAGGACAGGAGGUAUUUACACCACACAACCCAGGUGAUCAGAUAUUCAACAAACCAAGAAGACCUGUGGGCACUGCAGUGCCACAGAGAACAUCUCCAACAGCACCUAAGGUCACGCGAACGCCAAAUGUACCAUCCUCAAUGGGUAUAAGGAAAGGUCAACACUUAGCAAGAAAUGGAGCCAGUGAUGCUGAUGCCCAGAUAAUAGAGCUGAAUCAACAGCUAAUGGAAUUGAAAUUGACAGUGGAUGGACUUGAGAAGGAGAGAGACUUUUAUUUCAGUAAACUAAGGGAUAUUGAACUGAUCUGCCAAGAACAUGAAAGUGAGAACAUCCCUGCAAUUCAGAGGAUUGUGGAAAUUCUGUAUGCAACUGAGGAAGGAUUUGCUCCUCCAGAAGAUGAUGACAUUAUAAAUCACCCAGAUGAUGACCAGGAUGAAUACUAAGUCUAGAUAAUUGUUAUCUAUUUCUGUCCCUAUCUGUCUUCUCUCUGUGAUUGAGAUCCCCACCUGGGCUGUUUACUAACAUUAUUUUAAAUUAAGUUUGUACAGCCACUGCACAAUCACAAUAAUUAUCUGCAUUCUGUAUCACAGAUUGCUAAAGCUGUCAUAUUCAUCACUAUUACUGGCAGACUGUAUUAUAAAAUAUAUUUAAUUUGUAUAUUUUUCUUAAAUGAAUAACUUGCACUUUGGUUUGAAAGUAUUCGGAAAUCCAUGAUGCAAGUUGAUUGCCUUUGUGUUAUAUGCAGCAUGUAGUUUGGGUUUCUUUUAAAACUGAAACAGCUUGGAUAUACUUGGGUGCAUUUUCUGGCAUUUAAAAGAACUGAGAUUUUAGUAGAUGACCUCUGGCAUGGAAGAUGUUUUUAUGGUUUUAUGCAAAUUGCUGACUUUAAAAUGCAGGAAAUCUGGCUUUGCGGGGUGAAAAGUCUGGAGUCUAAAGUUUAAUAGUGCUUUUAAGAGAAUUUAUUUAUUAUAGUUUGCUAUAAACAUGAGAAUAAGGGAUGCUUUUAUGAUGCAACAUCGAUCAAAUUAACUUGGUUCCAGCUGCUUUUCAUCAGAAACCACUAAAAUAUGCCGUUGACAUCUCAUUGCAGCACCUUCUUAUACUGUGCCCAUGACACUAGUGUGCGAAAAAACUUGCAUCUGUGAAGUUUUAUUUAAAAUAAAUGUGAAAAUGACAGAAAGAA